CAAACAAGUCCUGCAUUGGGCUUCUUCUUCGGCGGCGUCGCGCUUGGGCUAGACGCGCCAUGGCGGGGUGAAAAGCUAUGCGCUGGAGCCAGCUGGUAGAUGGCUACUGGACCAUCGGAGGCACGGCGCCGCGAGCCCAAACUGCUGCGGCCUUCCUGGAAGGCUGGGAAUCGCCAAGGACCUUCCGGAAAGUUGCGGAGUUCCUUCCAAGGCUACGGACACCCCGGCUUUGGCCAUGGCCAGGGCAUGCCAGACUACAUGCAGCAGAACUACCAGGAUGUGGACAUGAAGGAAGAGGAGGCCGCAGAAGAUGAAAUGGAAGAGAAGUCAGAGCAUCUCUCGCACAUGGUCUGCGGCAUCUCUUCUGGCGCGGAGGGUGGCAGUCAAGUCACCUGCGGCGUGCCCAUGUACCGGGACAAGGCGACGGGCGCGCCUUACAUCAUGCCGCUCUACACCGAGCCCAUGGGCCCCAAAGGUACCGCAGCAGAGAGGGCUGGGGCAGCUGGAGGUGUUGGCAGCACGGUGGUCUUCAACAGUCCUCAGGCUGAGGCAGAGGCAGCGCGGGCGCAGAUGAUGGAGGCUGCUGCAUCCACGCGGAUCCGGGGAGAAGCCUUGAACCUGCUGAGGGGCUUCCUGGACAAUGCGCCGCCACCAACUCCGCCGACGCCGCCCUCCGGCUUCCUCUUCAAGGGCCCAGGAGCUCCCUCCAAGGUCUUUUAUCCCAUCCCAAGCAAGGUGUCGCCUACUGGCAUUGAGGUGGUGCCAGAUAUCGGACCGCUGGGCGAACCCACUCCAGAUGUGCCGUCGAUGGGGCUGGGUGGCAUGAACAUGCGUGGCGUUGCGAGCAAUGUCUAGGUGCCAGGUGCGAAAGUGACCAUGGCUCUGGCGCAACCCAA